AUGUCAUCGCACAAGGAGAUUGUGUCCUCGUUCGUUGAGGGAGCUCCCCCUGGCGAGCUCGCCGAUCUUCCAGACAUCAAGGCCCUCACUAGCUCGACCCCUAACCUGCUGAACGAGCUCGGCCCGGCGUUCCAGAAGUACAACGAGGAACAGUUUGCGACGGUGAAGCUUCCCGGCGGUAGCCAACCCGUUAUCAUCAGCUCCCACAGCUCCCUGGAAGACGGCCGCUACUACGAUGUUGAGAGCUCCUCGAGCUUCGCCUACGACCACAUUACUCAGAAAGCCAGCGAUGUCCAGAGCCACGUUCUAGAAGGCGAGCAGGCCGAUUUGGUGAAAUCCACGAUUAAGGGGCUUUCGGCCUACGUCAAGGAGCACUUCCCGAAUGCCGCCUAUGGCGCCUACCCGAUAGCGAACGACUCCAAGGUCGCGGUCAUCAUUGUCGCGAACAAGUACAGCCCGAACAACUUCUGGAACGGACGUUGGCGCUCGCUAUACAUCUACGACCCUUCCAACAGCUCCAUUGAGGGCUCAAUCAAGGUAGACGUGCACUACUACGAGGACGGAAACGUGCGCCUGUUGACCAACAAGAUGGUCAAUGUGAACAUGUCGUCGGGCACCGGCAGUGGCAUUGCCAAGGAGAUCUCGGUGAACGAGAAGAAGUACCAGGAGGAGUUGAACAAGAGCUUCACCAGCCUCAGCGAGGGCGCUUUCAAGGGCUUGAGGAGACAGCUGCCGGUGACAAGACAGAAGAUCGAGUGGGACAAGGUUGCCAGCUAUCGCCUGGGACAGGAUAUCGGUGGUGGAAGCUCUAGGCGGUAA